AAUUUUCUUAUUCAGAGAGUUAAAAUUUUUUUUUUUUUUAAUUUAGAAAAAGCAAAAAUUUGUAAAUGGCAGGAUCUUGGCAAGGAUAUUCCAGGAUCAAAAUAAUUGGACUGUACACAGCGCGUACGAUUCUCUCAGUAUAUAAAAUAAAAUUGACACUGACUGUACAGUUGCUGGACUUGUAUUGACUACAGUGUUUUCUUGGUCUGAUUCUAUUUUAUUUGAUUUUUAAUUAUUUCUUUGAAAUUAAUCAAAGAAAUCAAUUUAAAUCGAAUAAAUUAACAAUAUUGUUUAUAAAAAUUGACGAAAAAUAACAAUAGAAAUGAGAAAUCAAAGAAUAAUGUGUGUUUUGACGACCAAUGCGAGUGCAAGCAGCGUCAUACAGGAGAUGAUCAGCCACUAGACAAAUGUCGGUAAUAAAAAAAGAAAAUUAUUUCUUAUAAACAUUGAUAUAAGACAAUUUUCUUAUAAAUAUAUAUAUUAAUUUGAAGAAAUUAAAAAUUUCAUUAUUUAUUCAAUUUUAUAUUUAAAAAAGAGAUUGAGAAUAAAAUGAAGGGGAAAUUUAACAUCUUCCGAGAGAGGAACCAUAGAAUUUUAGAGAUGUUCCAUUUGUCACGUGGCUCUGUUUUUUGAAAACGUCACGAGCCGACUUUAAUUCGAAAAAAAAAAUUUACAAAAUCGAUAGAAUUUUAAUUAUUUAAAAAUGGGAAAAACUAGAGGUGUACACGAAACUACUCCGGAAUUAAGAAAUCGGAUGGUGGGAAUGUAUGAAGCAGGUCUAGGACUACGGGAAAUAGCAGCAGCAAUUAAUUGUUCUCAAAGAACAGUGAAAAGGUGGCUAAAUCGAUUUGAUAAAGAAGGAACAGUUGAGACACGAGAUCGAUGUGGUCGUAAAAGAGCAACAACAACAGAAGAGGAUGAGGCUAUUGUCCGUCUUGCAACUCAAACAACAAUAACAGCUGCAAAAGCUGUACUCCCAGCAUUAGGAUUAUCGUGUUCCGUUGACACUGUAAGAGAAAGAUUGCAUAAAGCUGGAAUUCAUAAUUGGAGUCCAUGUCGUAAACACAUGCAAAAAAUUCCCCUUGGAAAUGACGUCGAUGGAUCAACAAUACAGCAGGCUGUUUGGCGACCCACAGGAACGCAACUUGGAAAGAAAAAGUCUACAAAAGAUACGAAUAAAACAAAAAGAAAUGUAUCUAAUAAAAAGAAACUUGCAUCACGCAAAACAAGAGCAAAAGAUGUUUUUAUUGGCGAUGGUGCUCCUGCUGAGUCACUAAAAUCAACAGCUGUUGUUCAACAAAAUUUUACCUAUCCACAAGAAAAUGUUCAUCAACAACCAAACAAUGAAAUAUCUUCACAAUCAUUACAACCACCUCAAGUAAUAUUUGCCAAUCAUUUAGAUCUCGCUCAACAACCACAGGUUUAUCAUCAUCAAAAUUGGCCUCUAGAUUUAGUUCAAAGCAAUCAUUAUUCACAGAGUCAACAAUCAAAUCAGCAUUUACAACAUAUGCAUACACAUCAAGAACUUCAUUCACAAUCUGAAGAUCGGCAAAUUUGUUCACAAAUUGAAGAGCAAAAUAUACAUUCACAUCAUCAUGGUAUUGAACAACCUCAUCAAAUGGAACAACAAGUUCGACAAUCACAACGAUUAAGACAAUCUUGUUUAGCAUCAUCGCAAGAUAUUACGAAAACUUGUUCAAAUAAUUCAAAUGACAAUCAAAUAUCAAAUGAUAAUAAUAAUUCUGAGAGAGAUUCAUCGGAUAAUAAUGAAGAGGGAUCGGGCAAAGAUCGAAAAAAGAAAGGUGGUAAAAUUAAAGGAACACUUGAGACAAGCGUUGAAAUACGAAAUCGAAUGAUAGGAAUGUCAGAAGCAGGAUUAUCGACACUAUCAAUCGCUUUGGCAAUCAACAGAUCUGAACGAACAGUUAAAAGGUGGUUGGAACGUUGGCACAAGGAGGGAAAUGUUCAAACAAAAGAGAGAAAGGGAAGAAGAAGAAUAACGACAAAAGAAGAAGAUGACGCUAUAAUUGCAAUGGCAACGCAACAUCCAUUAACAGCCGCAAAAUAUGUUGCACCAGCUUUGGGACUAAAAUGCAGUGUCGAUACAAUUAGAGAAAGACUUCAUAAAGCUGGAAUUCACAGUUGGAAAUUAGGCAAAAAACAAGGUGAAGGUAAUGCAGUUCACACUGUACAUCUUUGGCAACCUAGUGGAAAUCGUCCUAAUAAACCAAAAAUUCUUAGCGAUAAAAAAAAGAAAUCUUCAUCUAAUAAAAAACGUGAUCAAUCACACGAUGAUCAACAAAAGCGAGUUAAUAGAAAAAAGAAAUCUGAUAAUAUACAACAAAAAACUGUUCCACCACCAGCUAAUAUGAUUCCUGAACAAAAUAACGUGCAAUUUACGAAUCAAAAUACAAUGGUACCUUAUGUUCCAGAACCAUCAAUAAUGCAGCCAUUACACACACUUUCCUCGCCUACGCUCACGCAUUCACAAUCAAUGCCUACAGAUCAACAAGUAUCACCAACGUGUCCAACACCAAUGCAACCAAUGGGACCUAUAAUGCAACAGAGACCUGAUUGUCGAUUAGAACCACCAGUUUCGAAUCAACCAAACAAUAUAACUUAUCCCUCGUGUAUGGUUACUAACAACAAUCAAACAAAUCAUAUGGAACAAACAGAUCCAUUAAAUUACGAACCUUACAUUUGGAGUUUCUAAAACAAGUAAAAAAUCUCUUUCUCUCUCUACCAUAUCAUGACCACUAUUGAGACUACGUUUCCCUUUUUUUAUUUAUUUAUUCAAUAUUAAAUAAAAACAAGUUCUUGCCACAAAUACUUUCAAGAACAUAAAAAACAAAAUUUAGUCUUAAAAGUGAGAAAGUCCCUAGAGUAUUAUUUAACAUUUAAAAAUCCAUACUUCAGUAUAACUGAAUAUGGAAACGUGAUCUCUUUAUUGGAUAUAGACAUUAAAUUAACGUAAAUCUAUUUAUAAAUUUAUACUUAAAAUUUUUUAUAAAAAUUUGUCGUCGCGUGAUUUCGUCUCUCAGUGCUGACA